GCAUGAAGGAAAAAAAGUAUAGUAUGAUUCUCGUGGAGGAAAAACAGCUUCGAGAGCUAACUGCUCUGAUAUCUUCAUUGCCACUUUCAAAGAAAAGGUUCAUAAAAACACUCAUUCAUGACAUUGGAGACUGUUGGUGUUGGAUCAAGAUCGAAUGAUGUAGAUUCAAAAAUCGGAAUUUUCAUGUCUAAGUUUGAUUAAUAUCUUUUAAAAGUCUAGUAUGAAAUCUCCUCAGAAAAAGAAGAAAGCCUAGUAUAUGUUAGCCUAUGGAAAGUCUAAUUUAACAUAUGUUUGAAACAUCACUCACAUGACCUUUCCCACAAAUUUAAUGAUAGAAGACUAGAAGCUUGGUCUCAAACCACAUAUUUUAGUCAACAAAUCAUUUCACGAAUGUCAAACUAAAUGACCGACUUUCAUAUCCAAAUUAAAGCUUCAAUCCUAUAUUUGUUGGUUACUUGUUAAUUAUUCCAAGACAGAGAGCAAUAUCAGCAUGGCAAUUGUUUCUUGCAAGUUAUUACUUACCUUUUAUUCUUUUCUCUUUCUCAUUACUUUUGUAUCUCAAGCCAAAGCCCAACCUGAUUUUCUGUACAACUUUUGUAAAAACGAUAAUGGCAACUACACAGCCAAUAGCACCUAUCAAAACAACCUCAACACCGUUUUGUCCAAUCUAACUUCCAACGCAGAAAUCAACUACGGUUUCUACAAUAUUUCUUAUGGCCAAAACACUGACAAAGUAAACGCCAUUGGACUCUGUAGAGGAGAUGUUAAACCCGACGUUUGCCGCAGUUGUCUCAACGAUUCAAGAGUUCUUCUCACAAAACUUUGUCCAAACCAAAAAGAAGCAAUUGGUUGGUAUGAUAACUGCAUGUUGCGUUACUCAAACCGAUCAAUAUUCGGCGUUAUGGAAGGUUCACCAAAGUUUUAUAUGUGGAACAUAUAUAAUGUAACAGAGGUGGAUCAAUUUAACCAAGUUCUUGGGAACUUGAUGAGGAAACUGAAAGAGAAAGCUGCAUCAAGUGAUUCUCGUCGUAAAUUUGCUACAGAUAAUGCAACUGAUGUAAAUUUGAAUUUUCAAACCAUAUAUGGUCUUGUUCAGUGCACACCUGAUUUGUCAGAGCAAGAUUGCAAUAAUUGUUUAGAUGGUGCUAUCUCAGAUAUUCCAAGUUGUUGUAAUAACAAGAUUGGUGGUAGAGUUCUCAAACCAAGUUGUAAUAUCAGAUAUGAAACCUCUAGCUUCUAUGAUCCUACACCUGCAAUAGACCCAGGUGAAACCUCCCCAUCAGAAGAAGAAAAAAGCAAAUCAUCACAUACUACCAUCGCCAUAGUUGUGCCGACUGUUGUUGUUGUUGUUGCCGCCCUGCUAAUUUUUAUUUGCAUAUGCUUAAGGAAAAGGAAGGCAAGGAUAAAUCUCGAAGAAAUCGAAGAAGACGACAAUGAUGAUAUUGACAUGGCUGAGUCAUUGCAAUUCAACUUUGAGACAUUACAAGUUGCUACAAGUAACUUUUCUGAAGCUAAUAAACUUGGACAUGGAGGAUUUGGAGUUGUUUAUCACGGUAUACUUGCCGGUGGACAAGUCAUUGCAGUCAAAAGGUUGUCAACAAAUUCAGGACAGGGGGAUGUUGAAUUUAAGAAUGAAGUGCUUUUAGUCGCUAAGCUUCAACAUCGAAAUUUAGUUCGACUACUUGGUUUUUGUCUGGAAGGAAGAGAAAGAUUGCUUGUUUAUGAAUAUGUUCCGAAUAAAAGUCUUGAUUAUUUUAUAUUUGAUCCAAUAAAGAAAGCACAGUUGGAUUGGGAAAGGCGCUAUAAAAUCAUUGGAGGUAUUGCUAGAGGCCUUCUUUACCUUCACGAGGAUUCUCAACUUCGUAUUAUACAUCGUGAUCUUAAAGCGAGUAACAUUCUCUUAGACGAAAAGUUGAAUCCUAAAAUAUCAGAUUUUGGAAUGGCCAGACUCCUUCUUGUUGAUGAAACUCAAGUAAAUACAAAUAAAAUCGUUGGAACAUAUGGAUAUAUGGCUCCUGAGUAUGCAAUGUUUGGAGAAUUUUCGGUAAAAUCAGAUGUUUUUAGUUUUGGUGUACUAGUUUUGGAGAUUAUAAGUGGCCAGAAAGCUUGUCGCGUUAUUCAUGGGCAGAAUCCGGAGGAUCUACUUAGCUUUGCAUGGAGAAACUGGAGGGCGGGUACAAUCACAAAUAUAAUUGAUCCAUCAUUAAGCAAUGGUUCACAAAAUGAAAUAAUGAGAUGCAUUCACAUUGCUUUACUAUGUGUUCAAGAAAAUUUGGUUGAAAGACCAACCAUGGCAACCAUUGUACUCAUGCUUAGUAGUUAUUCUAUGUCUCUCUCUGUACCUUUGGAGCCUGCAUCUAUUGUGGGCGGCAGAACUAGAAGCCUUCAAGUUCGAGACAUGCAAUUUGAGGGAGAUAAUUCAGGGGCAAUGCGACCGAAUGAAUCCAAGAGUCAAUCGGGUGAAUCGAUAAACCAUGCUUCAAUUACUGACCCAUACCCUCGAUAGAUUUCAUUCAUAAGGGUGAUGUGGCGGAUUAACGAUUAUAAUAAGUCAUGCAUGUAUUUUUAAACUCAUUAAAUAAAGUGACAUUAGAUGAUUGUGUAAAAUAUUUCUAUAUGUUGAUUGUGUAAAUACAUGUAUCCGUGUCCAUGUGAGUAGCAACUUCAAUACCAGUACAUGUAUGUACUCUUUAAGUACCCAGGUCCUCAUUCAAAGCAACUGAAUUCACUUUAAUUAUGAUAAAUCAAUAAAUAGCAAAAUAUCCUUGUAAUUUCUUUUACUAA